ACUAUGAGUUAUAACCAGACAUGUAGCUCUGAGGAACACAGACGCCCAAUCCUUCAGCCCUAAAUUGUCAAAUCCCUAACCCUAAACCCCCAAUUCCCUCCCCUUCCUCUCAAUCUUAGCGUAAUUGAGCUUAAUUUCGUGUCGAGGGUCCGAAAAGAAAAUGGAAGGAUUUGAAGUGGAAUGGAAGAAACAGGCACAGCAAUGGUGGUCUCAAUCCCUUCACUACGUUCAUCGCAUUCCGCCUCAACAGAUUUAUGCCGCCAUGGCCGUACUGCUAUUCACCACGUUUUUGCUCUUACUGGUUAGGUUGUUUAAGCGCCCAAAAGCUAAUACGAUACUAGUGACUGGGCUUAGCGGCAGUGGCAAGACUGUGCUUUUCUAUCAACUUCGGGAUGGCUCUUUUCAUCAAGGUACUGUCACAUCUAUGGAACCAAAUGAGGGAACUUUUGUGCUUCAUUCUGAAAAAUCAAAGAAUGGAAAGCUAAAUCCUAUUCAUGUUAUUAAUGUUCCCGGGCAUUCUCGCCUUAGAGCCAAACUAGAUGAUUUCCUCCCUCAAGCUGCUGGUAUAGUGUUUGUGGUUGAUGCUGUGGAAUUCUUACCAAAUUGCCGUGCUGCUUCAGAGUACCUGUAUGAUAUUUUGACCAAGGCGAGUGUGGUGAGGAAGAAAAUUCCAGUUCUUAUUCUCUGCAAUAAGACAGACAAAGUGACUGCACAUAGCAAGGAAUUUAUUCGAAAACAAUUGGAGAAGGAAAUUGACAAAUUACGAGCAUCAAGAAGUGCAGUAUCAACAGCUGAUAUUACAAAUGAGUUUACACUCGGAGCACCUGGAGAACGAUUUGCAUUUUUGCAGUGUCAAAACAAAGUUACAGUUGGAGAAGCUUCUGGCCUUGGUGGUGAAAUUUCCCAGGUGGAGCAAUUUAUCAGAGAUAACGUAAAGUCGUAGGAUAUUUGAUCCCAUUUCAUGAAUUUGUGGUAAUUUCUUGUAAGUUAAAAGAUGUUCCAAGUGAUUAUGGCUCAUUGCAUUUGGGAUGCUCACGCUGCUCUUUUAAAUGAUUUCUUUUUCCCUUUUAAUUGCA